AUGCACGUCCCACACACCCUCCCCGCCCAGCUGCGCGCGUACACCACCGCCGUCGCGCAUGCACCGCCCGUGUACCGCGUCCCCAGAAAUACGCGCGGCGCCAUGCCCGUGUACACCGACAUCCGCAACGCCGGCACACGCCACCUCACACUUAUCCGCAACAUCGAAGGAAACGCCAGUGCGCUCGCACAGGACCUCGCAAGCUCCCUCCACCCGUCCGGCUCGCCUGAGGCCCAGCGCAUGCGCGUCCAGGUCCUCCAUUCCAAGCACGUUGUCCUCAGUGGCGGCAUGUGGAAAACCCAGGUCGUCCGCUGGCUUGUCGACAGGGGUUUCUGA